UUUCUAUUCAUUAGCUUUUUGUCAGGAUGUCUGAAAUGCAUGGGACAGAGAAACCAUGGGUAAGUCCGACAAUAGGAUCGCCACAAUUAGGAGGAGUUUGUACAAGCACUCUUGCUGGUUCAACCCCAGCCGGUGUCGCGCAAGGACAACCGGACUUGGACUAUGACUUCAACUCGACUUUGGGAGGUUCUGUCUUGGCAAGUAAACAUGAGUCAAGAGAUUUAGCUAGUACCAAUAUCAGAGAGAAUACUUUAGAAUCACUUGAAAUCCACGAUGGCUACAAACAGAGUGAUCAACAGCAACAGAAGCAUGGAUCUGUAAAACAAAUUAAGGAAGCAAUGGAAGAGAGACCGAGCCACAUUCAGCGUAGCAUUGAUCGCGAGAAUGUUGCUGCUGCUGCUGCUGCUUCUGCUGGUGCUGCUGCUACAAAUAAUGCAAAUACUGGAGGUGGCAUUCGACCGUGGCUCCUGAUCUUGAUAAUUUCUGUGGUGCAAAUGCUUCUCUCAUCGAUGCUGCCAUCCAAUGGAGUAGUUAAUGCAUCAUCCGAUCAAGUAGGGGAUCCCAGAGGCGGUCGCGGUGGAACAGAAGGAAACGGGAAUAGAGGAAAUAGCCAUCAAAAUGGUGCGGAAGGAAAAGGAAGAGAUUAUAACCGACAGUAUUUCCGACAAUGGCCUCCGAUUUCCGAUAUCAAAACAGCAGCUGGAACAAUUGUGACGGAGCGAAUGACAGAAUCACGUCGACUACAACUUCGCGAGGAGGCUAAGAAGAUGUUCAUGCAUGGAUAUCAAGGAUAUUUGGAUUAUGCGUUCCCAAUGGAUGAGUUGAAUCCAGUGGCCUGUUCAGGACGAGGACCAGAUCGAGCGAAUCCAGAUAACAUUAACAUCAAUGAUGUAUUGGGGGAUUUCUCAUUGACCUUGAUUGAUUCAUUGGAUACAUUGGCAGUGAUGCGAGAAUUCGAGUUGUUUCAGGAAGCCAUUGAGAAGAUCAAGAAAUAUGUGCGAGAUUUCGAUAGAGACAGUCGAGUUCAGGUGUUUGAAGUGAAUAUCCGAGUGUUAGGAGCGUUAUUAUCGGGUCAUUUGUAUGCAACAGAUCCGAAAUUGUCAGCGCACCAGAGUCAAAGCCAAUAUCAAAAUGUAAAAAGAAAAAAAUACCAGUAUCAAGGAGAGUUACUGAGAAUGGCAGAGGAUCUUGGAAAGAGGUUGAUUAAGGCGUUUGAGAAUACACCGACGGGAUUACCAUGGCCUAGAGUGAAUUUGAAGAGAGGAGUGUUGAGAGAGGAGUCCAUUGAGAAUUGUGUGGCAGGAGCAGGAAGUUUAUUGUUGGAAUUUGGAGUGUUGAGUCGACUCACAGGUGACAAGAGUUAUGAGGAAGCAGCAAAGAAAGCACUUCAUGAACUAUGGAAACGGAGAUCAAAGAUUGGAUUGAUGGGGAACACGAUCAACAUCAGUACAGGGCAGUGGAUGUCGUCAAUGACAGGAAUCGGUGCUGGCACAGAUUCCUUCCAUGAAUACUUGAUCAAAUCAUAUGUCCUUUUUGGAGAUGAGGAGUACUUUGUGAUGUAUGAAUCCGCACAGGAGGCAAUCCGACGGACAUUGUUGCAUGACUCCAAGUAUUUCUACAAGCAUGUCAAUAUGGAGGAUGGGACACUGAUGGCCCAUUGGGUUGAUAGCUUAUCGGCUUUUAUGCCAGGUGUCCAGGUACUAGGAGGCGAUCUUGAAAGUGCAAUCAAAAACCACUUAUAUUAUUAUAAUAUUUGGCGUAAAUACCAAGCUAUUCCAGAACGCUUCGAUUUUGUACAGCAGACGGUCGCUAUCGCCAAUUAUCCCCUACGCCCUGAGUUUAUAGAAUCAACCUAUUUUCUUUAUCGAGCAACAAAGGAUCCAUUCUAUCUCGAAGUGGGUGAGAUGAUUCUUCGUGAUCUACAGGCAUAUACCAAGACUAAAUGUGGCUGGGCAUCGCUUAGAAGUGUCGUUGAUAAGAAACACGAGGAUCGAAUGGAAAGUUUUGCACUGUCAGAAACAAUCAAAUAUCUUUUCCUACUCUUUGAUGAAGAGAAUAUCCUUCAUCAUGAGCUUAAAGAUUCCAAUUUUGUGUUUACAACCGAGGGACAUAUCUUAUAUUUGGAUAUAAAAUAUCUCAGCCCGAAUUCGAAGGAUCGUGUAGUGGAAAGUCAGAUGUCUACAUCAAAACCAAACUUUAUCUCUAAGGCAGCGCAGUCAGUAGUAGCGGCUAUUUAUGGAGAGCAUGCUCACAGUAGGCUUGUCAAGACAACGCCUACGGCAGCCGCAUCAGUAGCAACCGCAGCACCUGUCUGUAAAGCUUAUUGUGCACCGGAGACAUUCCUGAAGAGCAUAGUCUAUCGACCAGAUGCAGAUUUUGCUCGACAGAUGGUAGGCGCGCGUGAGGAUAUUCGAGAUAUAUUAGAAACGGAUCCUAAAGGGUAUUGCGAAGUUCCGACCCUAGAUGUGGAGCGGGUGAUUGUAGAGUUUAUAGGUCCUCCUAAGAAAACUAUCUUCGACCUUAAUGAUAAUUAUGAAGAGAAUACUGAUGACCAUACCAAGGAGCCACCUAUCAAGGCUGCAUUAUCAUCAGAUGAGCUCAAAGACCCGAUGGUGAUUCCAAUCAAGAAGGGUGUGUUUGUCAACAGAGUUGUGGGUGUGAAGAUGCACAUCCAGUAUGAUAGCGCGCAGAACGGAUACCGAGCUGUCAAAGUGGAAGACUAUCCUCUAAGCUCAAGUUGUAGCGUGUAUGUUGAGCAGUCAUCAAUGAAGCCACUUUGGGACUCAUAUCAACGUGCACAGGCUGCUCACUUACGUCUGUUCAAGGUCCAGCCAUCGAGUGUAGAUGGAAUGGUGAUUGUAAAGGACUUGUCAAUUAUGCCUGCCCAAUUUGGGACUUGGCGGCCUAGACUACUGGAUUAUAACCAAGCAGCGACAUACAAUACUUAUGAGACAACAUUGAAAGACUACCAAGUGGAAGAGGAGAUCUCUUUUCAACCUCGAUGGGACCGUGAGCAAGAGGAUACAUAUCAACGACAACAGCAGCAACAGCAGCCUUUAUCCGUGCCUCUUCAUGGUUCCGCCACAUCAGCAAGAAUGACGAGUAAGAGGCGCUUCCCAACAAAGAGAUUCGCCAGGAUAGAAGACAAUACUAAUGGUUGCCAACCUUAUACGACAGCUCAAUCUAAUUUGGUUAAGAAUAAGAUAGUGGCGGUAGAUCGAGGUGGUUGUCUUUUUAUUUUGAAGGCCUACUAUGCACAGGCUGCUGGAGCACACAGUAUGAUUGUGAUCAACACAGACGACAACGCGUUUGUAAUGACAGGUGCGAAUGCAAACAAGUCUUCAAGCUCUUCUUCAUCGUCAGCUCCUACUUCUGAAAGCAAUGAAUCAUCUGAACCACAAAAGAGUCAUGACCAAGAGAUCAAUGAUGACUUAUUGCUAGGGGAUAAUAUCCAUGAUGAUGAAAUUGAUAUCCAUGUUGUGAUGGUUGGCCAUUCUCAAGGCCAACAAUUAUUGGAAUGGAUUCAAGAGGAGAGUCUUAAUGAUCCAUCGAUGAGUUCUGACACGAAUGUAAUCGAUAUGGAUGCAGCACAGGAGCAAGAGCAGAGACAACCGGCGCUGGUGUCAACGGUCGUAAUGGCGGGAAUUGUACAGCGCAAAGUCAGCAAAGAAGAGAUGGCGAAUGCACGCUUAUCUUAUGAUGGUCUGCCGAUUGUCAAUAUUAUUCCCGUUAGUAUUCCUAAUGGACACCUUUAAACAUAAAAAAAUAUUACUU